GUUGAUUUUUUUCAGAUAUUGGCGACCGCCUGAUCGAGGUGAUUGGUCUGGAGAACUGCCUGCACAUGGGUCAGGUGAGAACCGGACUGCGUGCCUCCGGACGCCGGCUGGCCCAGUGCAGCGAAGUGAUCAUCAAGACAAAGAAGACGUUUCCCAUGCAAAUCGACGGCGAGCCCUGGAUGCAGAUGCCGUGCACGAUCAAGGUGACCCACAAAAACCAGGUGCCCAUGCUGAUGGCACCGCGAUCGGAGAAGGGACGUGGGUUCUUCAACCUGCUGUGCAGCUGAUUCAGGCGCAGCGCAUCGAGCGACUUCAUGGGCCGCCCGCCGCCCGAGUCCGCCGAUGAGCUGGACGAUGACUUUCGGAUCGUCACUAGGAGCACCACCGUCCAUAACAUAGCCUAGCACCAAUAGCUUUAGCCCUAGUCCAGCCGCAUCGAUUGCAUCGAAUUCGUUUACCCUAGGUUAAGGCUUCCCUCCGAUGUGCGUAUUUGUAUAUGUAUGUCGAGUGAGUUACAGAGCUUUAUAUUUAGUGUUAGUGUAGCCAAAUAUACAACCCAGUCUAGUCCAUUCCAUUCCAAUGGGAUCCGAGUGCGGAGCAGGCUGUACGUGGCCACUGGCCACCACGAGA